GUUUUGAACGUUUUAUUUCUUACUCUCUACAUUUUUAUUGUUAAGUUCAGGAGAAACAUUUGAAAUCGUCUCUCAAAGCUUAACCCAGCAGGCACGAGCACACUAAGCCAGCUGAAGAUCAACCGGGCCAAGGCGGGGUUUAACACAAGUGGCACAAGUAGCCUGUGCAUCUAGAAAUGAAAAUGAGACUAAGUUAGGAGGCAGUUUAAGACAUUCCCACCUUUUUUCCAUGUGGACCCCUAAAGCAUUUAAUGGGACAGCCCUUAAGACCACCCUUAGGUCUGCUGAAUUAAUUAAAGUAAAAAUAGUUUUAGUUUUCUUAUCAGAGAAAAUGAUGAGUUGUAGAGGGUCUUUGCUCCAACAGUGAAACUAUUUAUUAUGUAUUAUGUAAUAUUUGGAUCAUUUAUGUGAUGGUUGGGCUCCUGUUGUCAAGAUUUCACAACUUGAAGUCAUGUGUCAUUUUCUGGAAACGCACAGUGUUCCCAUGCAGCCGGAGCUGGUAUGUGGCGUGCUAUGUGAAGGGUGGGGCACGUCUUACUCUGCGCGAGCAACCUUUGACACAUUUCUUUUUAAUAUUUAGAUCAGACAUCUUCAGUGAAACAUCUUUAUCUGACUGGUUGGCUGACUAUUGGCCCUGUGGGGUCUUUGGGUUGUGGGUGUGAGCUGGAUGUGAACAGGCUGAUCCCAUCUAAAACCACAGGCAUUUCUGGCAGCCGUCCACGCUUCCUAAUUAGAUGUUGGGAAAUUACAAGAGGAGCGUAAAUGGAAAAGACACGUAUAUUUUGUGUGCUGCUGUCUUAUGUUUCUGGUUUAAGAAAGUUAUUUAUUUAUUUAGAAGUGCUGUUGGACCUCUGUUUGCCGUGUAAGGGGACUGCUUUCAGCUCGGUGGCUGUAGAGUCUGAGGUGUGUCUCAUCUCUGACAUUUCUCAACAACAGCUUCAACUGCACACGCUGGAUUGCAUUAGUUUCACUGGAGUGGAGUUUCUCUGGUGGUACGCUCAUCUAGUAGACUGUUUGUUGCUGCUCUCCUCUCUUAUUAUGUAAAUCAUGCAGUGAUGGUGAGGAGAAUGUGUGAAUUGGUGUGAGAAGGCUUCACAAUGACAUUAGGCUUUUGGAUGCAUCCUGCUUCAUUGGUUCAUCAGCAGUUGACUGAGAAGUGCAGUUUUGGCUCCAACAUUGUGUGUAAUGAGCCAUGAUGUAGUGAUAUCAUGUAUUAAACCUUCUCCCAUAUUUAAAGUAGGGGGAUCUAGAUAUGGUGGCUAACAAUCCAGUGUUGUGGGCUGGUGAAAGCUGAUGCUUCUGUAAUUAAUAGUUAGACCACAGUAGCAAAUGCCUUCAUACAUUUUAGAUACCCUUUUUCAGAUUUACAUUAUAACCCCAGACUUUGAUUCACUUUUACUGGGAUUAUAUGUGACAUAUCAUGAUUCUAACCCAGGAAUAUGUUUUGAUCCGAGCCCCUCCCUGUAGCUCAGACUGUAGUCUUCGGGUCGUUGUCCUGCUGGAAAGAGAAACUCCAUCUCAGUCCCACAUCCUGUUCUGCGGCUCACAGGACCGCUCUGUAUUUGGCCCCAUCCAUCUUCCCAUUAACUCUGAACAACUUACCUGCUCUCCCCGCAGCAUGAUGCUGCCACCACCCUGUUUUCCUGUAGGGACGGGGGCUCAGGCCAUUCAGACAGCACUUCUAGCACUGCCUGAUUUCCCUCAUGGCUUGUAGCAAACUCCAUUUAGGACUCUCUUCUUGCCAUUAUGUAAUAAAGAUCAAAUUGGUGUAGUGCACAACUGAUUUUCCAGUCCCACUGUGGAACCUUGCUGCUGGACUCCAGUUCAAAAUCUUUGGAUGUUGUUCAUAUCCCAACAAGAGAUGAACCUCUUCUACAACUUGCAUGGGUUGUUGUUCUAUACUUAGAUAAACAUUGAGGUUCUGUGGUUUAUUUACUUAGUCAACAGUUGUUUCUUCUGUGAAGGAUUUAAAAGUCUGGACGAGCGGAAGCAGAGCUGGGUUUAAAUGUCCCCAAAUGAGGAAACUGCCUGUCCUAGUAAAUACCUGAGCACAACCUGCUCAUCAGGUCCGACUAAGAGAGAGGAGCAGGAAAUCAGUCCAGCCCGUGGAAAGCCGGCGGCAGCGAGAGGUGUCAAUGAUGUCAGAGUAGGAGGGGUUGAAGUUACGGGGGUGUGGCCACCUCAGUUGAAACUCGCAACACCUAUCUGGAUCCCUGAGAACAGACAAGAGACAGUAUUGUUCGAUGAAGCUCUAGCCCUGUGGGAAAGUCACAGUCAAAGGAUUCAAUAUAAACCAAAGAGAGUCCCGCAAGGAUCUGACACAAAAUAUCCCUUCACGUUGUUUCAGUGGAAGCAGCUGGAGAAUUUGUACUUCCGGGAGAAGAAAUUCGCAGUAGAAGUGAACGACCCACACAGAAGAGCAGUGACCAAACGGACAUUUGGACAAGCCGGCCUGGUUAUUCACUCCUGGUAUGCCAGCCACUCUCUGAUCAAAACCAUCUGGGCGAUGGCCAUCAGUCAGCACCAGUUCUACCUGGACAUGAAACAAACCAAAUCCAACAUGACCACAGCCAGAAGCACAGGAGACAUCGCCGUGCACCUCACCGAGAUCAGCACCCCGCGCAUCAGUAAACUCUCCAGUGUGGAGAGCAAUCACCCGCUCAUCAUGGCCAGUAACGGCAGCCUCAUUUCAACCGGAUCUGCAGACUCUGAAGUCAGCGAAGAGCAGAAGAAAGAAAAGAUUGCUGAGUUAAAAAAGAAGCAAAAGGAUCUUGAAGAGGCGCUGGGACAGAAACUUGAAGAACUUAAAAAGAUCUGCAUGAAGGAAGCUGAACUCACCGGCCAAGUGCCUAAAGAAUACCCCCUGGCCCCGGGGGAGAAAGCUCCUCAAGUGCCUCGCCGUGUCGGGACGGCUUUCAGGCUGGAUGACCUUAACGUGGACGACAAGGACCCUUAUCUUAGAGAACUGGAGAACAAACGGGCCUUGCAGCAGAAGAUUGUCGAGGCCGCCGAGAAGCUUUUCAGAGACGGUUUAGAAAAAACGGUGAAAAGAAAAAGGAAAAAAAACUACGAGGACUCUGUGAAAAAGCUGAGGGAGAUUGAGAUGAUGAUAAACGAGCACAGGGAGCAAACUGGAAGGAGAGCUACUCAGAGAGCUUCGCUUAUCGUAGCAGACGAUGCCCAGCGUUCAGACCUCAGCUCUCUUUCUGACAGCCUUCCUCUGGAUGAUGACGAUGAACCGGGUUCCCAGAGGGAGCGGUCUCGAUCGGUCCAGUAUUCCCCCAGAAUGCACCAUGCGGAAGCCCAGAAAAUGUUUUACACCCAAGACAGACGAGCCUCUGCUAAUGACCAGCUCUCAGAAAGGAGGUUAACUUAUGAGCAAGUCUGCUACAGUCACAGUGAUGCCUUAUCAAGCUACAGCAGUCCUCUCAAGCAGCAGUGCAGACAGCCAUGUGACGCCCGCAGCAUGCCUCCCACCCCUCGCCUCCACCGCAACGCCCUCAGCAGCACACAGCUAAGAUCAGAGGAAGUUGCUCAACAUUUCCAUCAGAGGAGUGGGAGUUUGGAGUCUCUGUCUCACCACGCGACGGAGACCAAACCAGCGGCGCCCUCCAUCUCCGUCUCCCACGCCCGACGCUGCAACAGCACCGAGAUCAUCGACGACGGCUCGUCCCAUACGAGCCAGUCCAGCGCGGAGUACCUGCCGCCCGGCAACCACAGCCACAGGUGGCGAGCUCGCGGCCGCCACAGACAGGACCCGUACGCCAACACUGGCAGCAUGCCCAACCUGGCCCAGCCGGACGUCCCCCGCUACGCCGCCUACCAGCCGCAGGGCCAACCCACCCCCACGGCCUAUUACGUCACCGGCUACCCAAGCCAUCUGGACCCAGAACCCUACCCCAACAGAGUUUACAGGUACGACGACGGCAUGGAGGGACACUACAACGUCAACCCGUCCUACCACCACACACAGGCAGCGUACUACAGGCGAGACUUCCACUCUCAUUACGCCACCGACGAGAUAGACGCCGCCGCCCAGCGUUUUGCCACGCUACAGCCGCCCAGGAGCCGUCCGGUGCAGCGCAACACCGAGCAGAUCACCAAGAACAUCCAGAAGGCGCUGGUGGUGGGACAUCUAAAGGAAUGGUACCAGCGCAACAACCCCCAUCACCAGGGGACGUAUAACUACGACUACGACAGAGGCUCCACGCCAAGCCUGGGUUACCAGGCGAUGCCCACCCCUUACCCUCCGAGCCACAGGAACAUUUCUUACUCCUCAGCCUCCUCCAGUGGAAACUGGCGCAUGAAUAACCGUGGUAUGUCCGAUUACGACGUGCCCGUGCAUGAAUCGUUCUCCUACACGUUGAGCCCCGCCCCCUACAUCCAGCCGCCCCACAGCAGAUGCCUCCCAGAAACUCAGUGGCGGAGCUUUGAUAGGAUGACGGGCCCCGCGGGGCCUUUAGAGAGGUUUGCUGCUGUUGCCCAUGCCACUGACCAGAUAAAAAUCCCCCCCCUAAAUAUCAGUCACAGCAGACAAGAAAGGAUCCUACAUGGAUGUAAGCCACAUGGAUUCCCAAAUGAACAACCAAACACACACCAUGGACCCAGAUGAGCAGAUUUUAUGGCAUGAAAGCUCCAAACCAGGAACUAUAGUCUAGUCGGCUGUUCCACUGAGCUGGAUUGACAAAGCUGUUGUUGUGCCUUAGACUGCACUUACCUGUUUAUUUUGUUGUCUAAAGAGGACUUAAAGAGUGAAGGAAAUUAGUGGGAUUACACAAAUGAAGUGACCGCAGUUUGGGAUCUGAUAAAAGGCCUCUGUUGAAGUUCAACCCACCUUCAGUGGGGUGCCAGGGUAGCGCGUGUUUGUGGUGGUAUCACCUCUGCACUGAACCUAAACCUGCUGUGGACUGCAUGUUUCAGCCGAAGAGGAAUCAGAAUCAACUCUGACAGUGUUUGCCUUUAGAGAGGCCAACUUCAGCCAGACUGGAGCCGCCUCUGCUACAAGGAACCUGAGCGAUGGCGACGGCUUAAACGACUGACCCUGUUCUAUUACUGACAGUCUGGUGUGAACACUGGAACCAUGAAGGAGGAGUCGCACACUGAACAUGAAGGAUUGAACUCAUUAAAAUGGGACGUUUUACACAGCUUAUUACGGCAUCGAUUCCAGCAGCCACUCCCACCUCCUAUGAGGUCUUUCCAUUUAUCACUAAAUGCAAAAUAAGUGAGCCAAAUCCUUAUUUGUAGCACCAUGUGAGUAUUACAACAGGUCACCAGUUUGAGAUUACUGCCACUACUGCUUUGUGUUUGUUAUAAGAUGGUUAUUUGAUCCAUGCUGGAAAUCAUGGGCCGGUGCUCGUCUUUUCUCUCCAGAGAACGAACCUGUUUCUAAGUGUUGUUGUUGUAAAUACACUGGUUCUCUCCUUUUUUUUUGUACAGCAUUUUUAUAUAUAUUUGAGAAAAGGCACAUGUAAUAUAUAGUGAACAAUAAUUGUUAAGCUGGUUCUUAGUUAUUUGUAUAAUUGUGCAUUUGUUUGCAAUUAAAAAAAAAGUAUUUGA